AUGAUAUUUACUCUGGGGAACCUGGUCGCUCUCACUCUCGUGUACCUUUUGAUCAAGUAUCGCAAUCGUGCAAUCGGAACCAAGAAGAGGAAUGAUCCUGCAUUUUCAGAGUUGCCUGGAUGGCCGUUACUUGGAGAGCUCCCAGGGGUUAUCAAAAAUAGAUCUCGACCUUUGGAGGAUUUUACAAUCAAAGCUUUAAAGAUGGGACCUGGUUUUAGUUUUACCCUCCCCGGAAUACGGAUUAUUGACAUUAGCAAGCCAGACUGGCUUGAAUACGUGCAGAAAACCAAUUUUGAUAACUAUGUAAAGGGUCAUCUGCUGCAACCCAUGUGGGACAUGUUUGGACAAGGUAUUUUCGUCGCGGACGGUGAAUUAUGGAAAAGAGCUCGCCAGGCUACAUCGACAAUUUUCACUGUCAAGACUUUCAAGACUAUCAUUGAGCCUUCCGCCACUAAGACCAUGGGUCGGCUGGCGGAAGAGCUGAAAUCUGCUGCCGAAGAACAGCUCAGUAUUGAUAUUUGUGACCUUUUCUUCCGCUUUACUUUGGAUUCAUUGGUGCAAAUGACAUUUGGCAAAGAUCUGGAGAUCAUCGGAACCAAGCACAGCGGUCAAUCAAAAUCAACAACACCAUCUAAGCUUGGCCAGUCGACCCUUCCAUUUGUGGACGCGUUUAAUUUUGCACAGGAUCAAUCAGAUUUUAGGAUGGCAGUGAGAGUAGGAUGGGGGCUGAUUGAAAGCAUUAGCCCCAUGGGGAAAAACAUGACAAACUCGCUCCGAGUCAUCGAUGAUUUCGCCUACUCCCUCAUUGAUGAACGAAUAGCCUUAUUAUCCCAACAAAAUGGUUUAGAAGAUCAAGAACUACCCGAAGAUUUAUUAACUCUCUUUAUUAACGCCCGGGACGAUCGUGGAGGUGGCUUGGGACGUGUUGAGUUGAGGGACACUGCAAUGACUCUCCUCUUUGCUGGGCGUGACACCACCGCACAAACACUGUCAUGGUCCUUCUUUCAUCUGUUGAUGAACAAGGAGUUGGUUUCCAAAAUUCGGGAGGAAGCAAACACGCUUCUGGGCGGAGAAGUAAAUGAUUCCAGACACGUCACAUACGCGAAUCACAGGCAAUUUGUUGUGCCCUAUUCAGUGAUACUCGAAACUCUCAGAUUGCAUCCUAGCGUUCCCAAGAAUGGAAAGAUCGCUUUAGGCGAUGACCAAAUUCCUGGAGGACCGACAAUCCAGGCCGGCGAUGCGGUUCGAUGGAGCGAUUGGCAAAUGGGUCGAGAUGCUGCUAUAUGGCCUGAUUGUGGAGAAUUCAAGCCAGAUCGAUGGAUUGAUCAAGCGGGUCGUAUAAAGCAGUCUGGACAGUUCAAAUUCCAUGCAUUCAACGGUGGGCCAAGGCUUUGUUUAGGGAUGAACUUGGCAAUGUUUGAAGCUGUUAAGGUGAUUGUUGAAGUUUUCCAAAACUUCGAGCUAGAAUUUUCAGACGGAUGGUUGGAUAAUGUACCCAAAAGCGAGAUGAUAGAAGGUAUCCCGAGUCGAUAUCAGGUUCCGGCGUACAAAGCUUCAUUAACUCUGCCCAUGGAAAACCCUAUGAUGAUUUCAGUUAAACACAGAAACUGA